AUGCAGAUCACCUUUGUUGCUGCGUUGGCAGCCUUUUUGGGCAUCGCCGCGGGUAUUCCGCUCGACAUCAACGAUACCGCAUCGAUCAAGAACGCUUCCGCCACACUCGCCUUUGGACUACAGUCAUGGUACCAUACCAACGUGACGGGCGUACCAGCGACCGCCAUCGGCACUCUCGACCCGCCUCUCUACUGGUGGCAAGCCGGAGCCAUGUGGGGAGGCAUGAUUGACUACUGGGCUUUCACCAACGAUACGAGCUACAACGCAGUCAUCACACAAGCUCUGAUGGCGCAAGUGGGACCGGACAACAACUACAUGCCACCUGCCUACUACCCUUCUCUUGGCAACGAUGACCAGGCCUUCUGGGCGCUUGCAGUACUGUCUGCGCUUGAGUAUGGCUUCCCACCUCCCUCAGGACAGAGUCCGGACAUCUGGCUCGAUCUUGCCGUCGCCGUCUUCAACACCCAAGCGCCGCGCUGGAACACCGAGGCCUGUGGAGGAGGUCUCAAGUGGCAAAUCUUCGAAUCGAACGCUGGCUACAACUACCGGAAUGCGAUCAGUAAUGGUGGUUUGCUACAGAUGUCUGCGAGACUUGCGAGGUACACCGGUAAUCAGACUUACGUCGACUGGGCGGAGAAAUCAUGGGAGUGGAUGUCGCGGAUUGGCCUCAUCGGCGCCAACUAUCAAGUGUACGAUGGCAGCGACGACAAGAUCAACUGCUCAGAAAUCAACCACAUCCAAUGGAGCUACAAUCCGGCCAUGCUACUGUACGGAGCCGCAUCAAUGGCGAAUCUGACGAACUCGGCCGUUUGGCAGCAAAGGACUGAAGGGCUGCUCACCUCAACACUCAACACUUUCUUUUCGCCCUUUCCAAACGCCACCAGCAUCAUGUACGAAGCAGCUUGUGAGCCAGGCGGAACAUGUAACAACGAUCAGGUCAGCUUCAAAGCGUACCUCUCUCGAUGGAUGUCAAAGUCGGCUAAGGUUUACCCGUCCAUCACGGCGGUCGCCCGCAAAUACAUUGGCGCCUCCGCCGAAGCCGCCGCAGCAUCCUGCUCAGGUGGAGACAACGGGCAGACCUGUGGGCAGAAGUGGUAUGUCGGUGGCUACGACGGGAUCUACGGCGUAGGGCAGCAAAUGUCCGCUCUGGAGACGGUGCAGUCUCUGCUCCUGCUUGACGGAACGGCUGUUAGGUCGAUCCCGAGGCAUCAAGCCAGGUCGGCACACAAUACUUCGCUCGCCGUCAUGGCGUUACUCACGCCGAUGAGUCUCGGUCGUUUGGCUGCUGGCGCGGUGGAUGCAGUGCCAACAAUGCGCUCUACGGCUCUUCGGAGGCAUGCUGCUGGAGUGCUCUGCUCCGGACGAGCAGUUCGGGGAGAGCAGCACAGGAAGUCAUCGACGCUGGUUGAGAGAAGAGAUGGAACUCCUUCGUUGGCUUCAUCACUGAGCGUGACUCACACAACAGCCCGGUCAUCAAAGGCAUUCUCACCUAGCCGUCCAUUCUCUUCCGCGACGGUGCGCUCUCCUCUGGCGUUCAAUGCUCCGUUACGGACCUCUUUUGUAGGCCUAACGCAACAACGGACGCUUUUCGGCUCGGGAUGGGGUUCACAAACAAGUCGCAAUCUUCUGGCGCACAUGGAACAGACUGCAAACAAUAACCCAGGCAGCGCGACUGCGCAGAACGCUUUCUACCAAGGCCUGCUCCGCGCCAACAUGCCUGAAAUCCUCGUUGAACGCUAUCAGACUGGUCGAUACGCCACGAACGCGGCCACUGACCAGGCCUACUCGAAGGCUCUUGAAAGUCUAGGUGGCGCCAGCCUCGGCGGCGGAGCCAUUGGACACAUGGUUGGAAGGUCGCAAAUGAACAACAACAUGAACAACGGCAUGAACAAUGGAAUGAGCAAUGAACAACUUCAGGCUAUUGGGCAAGCUGUGGGAGCCAGAGCUUACGGCAGUAACGUGGGCAUAUCAAAGCAAGGCUCCGGAGCGAAAAGCGAACCUCUCUACGUUGUCGUCGACGAGAGCAUGGGAAGCACCAUCUUCAAGUGGGUGAAAUUCAUCGCCGUGUUCGCCUUCGCCUCGUACAUCACGCUGGUGCUGUUCACGCUCUUCAUCGAAGCGACUGGCAUGAGGAGCAAGAUUGGUGGAGCGCAGAACGCAGAAGCCAAGCCGGAAUUGCAGAAGACCAGGUUCAGCGACGUGCAUGGCUGUGAAGAAGCCAAGGAGGAACUGCAAGAGCUUGUCGAGUUUCUGAAGGCACCGGAUUCGUUCAGCACUCUUGGUGGCAAGCUACCAAAAGGUGUCCUUCUCACGGGACCCCCAGGUACUGGAAAGACUCUGCUCGCUCGUGCUGUCGCUGGUGAAGCCGGUGUGCCGUUCUUCUACAUGUCCGGAUCCGAGUUUGACGAAAUUUAUGUCGGCGUUGGAGCAAAACGUGUGCGCGAGCUGUUUACAGCUGCGCGUGGCAAAUCUCCUGCGAUCAUCUUCAUUGACGAACUGGACGCCAUUGGCGGAAAGCGCAAUGAAAAGGAUGCCGCUUAUGCCAAGCAGACUCUCAACCAGCUUCUGACCGAACUCGAUGGUUUUGACCAGGACGUGGGCGUGAUCAUCAUCGGCGCGACCAACUUUCCGCAAUCCCUCGACAAGGCCCUUACUCGACCCGGACGAUUCGAUCGUAACGUUGUAGUGCCGCUCCCUGACGUGCGUGGUCGUGUUGCUAUCCUCAAGCAUCACAUGAAGAACAUUCGUGUCGAUGCUUCCGUGGACGCGACCGAGAUCGCUCGGGGUUCUCCUGGAUUCUCUGGGGCUGAACUCGAGAACUUGGUCAAUCAGGCUGCUGUGCACGCAUCGAAGAACAAACAGUCCAAGGUCACGGUCAAAGAUCUCAUCUGGGCGAAGGACAAGAUCAUGAUGGGUGCUGAGCGUCGCAGCGCAGUCAUCCAACCGAAAGACAGGGAAAUGACUGCUUAUCACGAAGGCGGUCAUGCGCUUGUCAGCAUGUUGACCGCCGGCUCCACGCCACUUUACAAGGCGACCAUCAUGCCACGAGGACAAGCACUUGGAAUCACAUUUUCACUCCCGGAGAUGGACAAAGUCUCUGAGAGUAAAAAGGAGCUCCUGGCCCGAUUGGACAUGUGCAUGGGAGGCAAGGUCGCCGAGCAGAUCGUCUAUGGCGAGGAGAACGUUACCACGGGCGCUUCGAGCGACAUUCAAAACGCGACCGGUAUCGCCUACUACAUGGUCACAAGCGCGGGUAUGAGCGAAAAGCUCGGCAACGUUGAUCUUCGAAGCGAUCCGGACAAGCUCUCUGGUCAGACUAAGCUGUUGAUUGAUCAGGAGGUACGGAGACUCGUCGAAGAGGGCAAAGAGCGGGCGACGAAGCUCCUCACCGAGAACCGCGAGGCACUCAAUCGACUGGCAAAGGCGUUGGUAGAAUACGAAACCCUUGAUCGGGAGGAGAUGGAAAAGGUCGUCCGUGGAGAGACGCUGCCAAACAAGCUGAAGAUCAACGUCGACGUACCUGUGAAGAAGCCUGAGAGCAAGCCAACGCCGAUUGAUGAAUUACCAAUACCUGGAAAUAAUGCGCCUACUCCUGCAGAGGACGGCGGUGCUACGAAGCCAUCAUAUCCAGCGGCGAGCCCGUAGGCUGAUGGAUGAAGCUGUCUACGCCGUGGCUGCACCAGCUGGAAGAAGGGGACCUCGACGAGGGCAAUGGGAUUCUUUGGCAUCGCGAGCCCAGCCGGCGCACUUCACUGCACAGGGCGCUCGCCGCUCGGCUCAAGCUUCGCGGCCGAGCUCGUGAUGGAUCUUAUGCCGAUCUAGUGUGUUUGUCUGAAGGACGUUGAUCGAACAUGGCCGGUACUUGGCUUCGCCGGAGGGAGGAGAGAAUCGAGCAUUUGUUAGCGAUCAGCAUGUUCUUUUCGUAUGUUAUGCACGUUAGAGCAUAGGCGUGUACUUGACCAGUUCAGAGUC